CCAAUAAUAUUACGUAAUUCUGUUUCGGUGUUUUAAUGAUCAAAGGUAUCUGCCUCAUCACCACAGUGGUGAUGGAACGUUGUAACGUCGAUCGUAAUGCGCGCUAGAUAUUGUAGCGGCGCUGGGAAUUCCCCUGGUGAAAACCGAUUUAUGGAGAUUCUAUCAUGCGUAAAGAUAAUGCGGUAUUUGUAUCGGGCAGGUUUUAAAGUGUAAAUAAAAACGAUGCAUGUUUGCAUAAUGAUGGAGUCUAAGCAAAAAGCAAAUAAGAGAACGAUCAAGUCAUCGAAGACGAACGAAGAACAAAUAAAAUGCAUUUUAAGGCGUGUAUUCUUGUCGUUAUAUUCGCCUUGGUGGCAUCUGUAUGCUCUAAAGAAGAGACAAAGGGAGAAAUGUUUAAACGAGUGGCAAGAAGUGUUUCUGGCAGAGACAGAAGGUCUCUUCGCCAGUACGGAUGCAGCGUACAUAGCAGCACAACGCACUAUGAAGCUGUCGCCAGGUGGCGCCAAAUUACUUUGGUGUGCCGAAAUUUGGAAGAGGCGUACAUCAGCAUUGUCGCUUGCAGCAGAACCUGUUACAACCCAAUCACUUGUCAAGCGUUACCAGAAAUUAAAGGCGUUGCGGUCCGGCGCACCGUUGUUGUGACACCACGCACUGGUUCCACAGUUGAGUUGGACCUGCCUGCUUUCUGCA